ACGACCUUUUUGUUUAGUGUGGAUUCUCUUAGUCUUUUCUUUUGUAAUUUUGGGUGCUUUCACAUACCAUAUGUGAACUGCAUGCCGCUUAUGUGUUUUAUGCAAACAGACUAGUUUUUUGAGAUUACAACUUUUGUGAAUAAAAGCUUAUAAGUUCAUCCUUUUGAUUGUAAAGCGGCUCUUGAUGUCAGCUGAAUUGAAUAUAAGUUAAAAUCAAACUGCUUUGAUUUGUUCACCCAUCUCUUGGUUAUUUAAAUUCUUUAGAGAUGCCAAUAUUGAUUUGUGAUUUUAUUGGAUUCACUUUGAUGAAAUGUGUGUUAUCUGCAUUGUUGCAUUUUAGGGGUGACACCGUUCGUACCGCCUUUGUAGUGCAUCUUUUUAUGCAAAUUAUUUACCAUUCUGCCACUGGCUCUUUCUGCCCCUGCUGCUGUUGGUGGAUUUCACGUUACUAACAAAAUUACCACUGCCUCUUCAUUCUUCGUUCGGUGAGGGUUUUGGGGAUGGGAGGCCAUGCCGCCUCUAAGAUAGAGAUAGAGAGGGAGAGGGAGGAGGCCAUGCCGAUAGACAUAGACAUAGAGAUAAAGAGAGAGGGAGACAGAAACAGAGCGACUGAGGGAGAUGGAGGAGUGGGGAUCUUAGUGCCAUUGCUACAUAUCCUCGAUUUCAUGAGUGGGAGAGGGGGGGACAGUCAGAGAAAACCAUGGGGGCCGUCGGGAUUUGAGGGAGAGGGGUAGGGAUCGUGGCUGGGGGUCUAGGUUGGUCCCCUUGGUCCGUUUUCUACAGCACCACUGUGCUCAAACACUCUAUCUCGCAGUGGAACUCUCUCCUCCCCUUACUCAAUCCUCUGCUUCUUCUCUGAUUCAUGGAAAAGGAGGACAAGGAGUUGGACCCUGGAUGUGCUCUCCUUCGUCCAUCCUGCGUCUGCAUGUCCUCAUUCACAAGAUAAGUACCAUUUUUAUAGUUGAUUUUCUACUAUUUGGUUUGGUUUUAAUUCUCUCUGCCAUUCUCACUCCACACUCUCUGUCUCUCACUCAGUUCAAAGCUCUUCAACUUUUUCGCACAAAUUGCUCAAACAUUCCAGCUCUCAAACAUCUUAGAUCCCUCACUCAGUUUAAAAGCACGAAGGGACCAGUCGAUACGAAGCGCAUCUUUAGGAUAUACAGUACAUUCUUUUUUCCUCUGUGCCAAAAUCAGGUACAACAGCGUGCAACACAGGACCAAAUUGCAUACUUUGGGCAAACGCCAUCCCAACUACUUACCUUCCCUCACUUGAAGAGGUUGCCAUUAGCAGAUGUUCUUCAUUUACAGACCAUCUUCCAGAACCCAAAAGAAGUCAAACCAUAUGCUGAUUCUGCUCCUGAGCACUGCAAUCUUCCUGCAGCUGCCAUUCAUGCUUCUUCAGAUGCUGUAACACAAAACCCAGCUUUCGGCUAUCCGCUGGCAUCUCUCUGAAGGUUUGUGUACUAUCUUAUGUGGAAUUGGGAUGGGAUGACUUUGAAUACUUACCGUAUAUGAGGAAACGAAAUUUGAAAUGUUGCAUUGAUUAAUUAGUAGAGAACGAAAGCAUUGAUACUAUAUGAUUGUGUAGAUUCAGUUAUGUUGAUUGAGUAUUUGUUGGUGCAUUGCUAAUCAAAACUUUUUGUGGAUUCAGUUAGAUGUGUGAACUACAUGUUUGUUCUGUUUCUUAAGGAAACAGAACUUUUUGGGUAACCAUCUCUUCCUAAUCAAACCGUACAAUUUCUUCCUACUCAUUGUACAAUGUGUUUAUAUGCCAGCUCACUUGAAUGUAUAAAAACAAAACUGCUUAUCUUAUUGAUCUUAUUCACUCA